AUGAUGAAACGACGAGUCGCGUUUACGCCCGAGCCGUUUCCACCGUUUAUUUUAUCAUUCACUGGAAAUACUCCCGGUCCGAAUGAAAUACGAACAAAAGUAAUUGAUCUGGAAAAUAUUCAUAAAUGUUCAACUACGUGUCGUUUUAACUCAAAGAAAGACUUACUUUUAUUCCCACAAGAUGAUGCAGCACAACAGUAUCUUUUGAUUAACCUUCCCUUAAAUUUAUUUGGUGAUAGUUUCACUUACACAUCACGUACUGCGAAAUUUAUCCAAAAAACGUUUAGCUGUGUAUUGAAAAAUGUUGAUUCAUCUAUAAAUGAAAUCGUUCUUACAACAGAUAUCCGAGAUAUUGUACCCGAGGUUGCCGCUGUAUCACGAAUUAAAAAUGCUGCACAAAACACUCCAACAUCCCUUCUCCGAAUCGAUUUUUCAAAUGAAACUGUUCGUGACGAUCUCUUACAGAAACGAAAGUUAAUUGUUACACCGUUCGCUUACCCUGUAAUUGAAUAUAUUCCACCAGUAAAAAUAAUCCGGUGUUUCAAAUGUCAACAGCUCGGACAUCACGCAAACGAAUGUAAUAAUCAAAUAAAAUGUGGAAAAUGUAGUGGUAACCACGGACUAGAUAAUUGUACAAAUACAACUCUGAACUAUCCAAAUUGUGGAGAUGCUCACAAAGCCUCCUAUCCCGGAUGCAAAGUGCGUUUAUAA